CCUAUUUACCUGAGGUAUUGUUCUGUGUGGCCGCGUCCUAGCGCAGUGCCGCUUUCCCCGGACACGUGAGCUCAGUGCAUGUACAUUACAUCCUGUACUUCCUUUCUAUUCAGGAGUCUGCUGGGUGCUGUGAGGAAAGUGAUGGAGUUAUUGAAGGAUUAGAACGCUGUUGGCUGGGGCCACUAUGACCACUGAAACCUUUGUGAAGGAUGUGAAGCCUGGACUUAAAAAUCUCAAUGUUCUUUUCAUUGUUCUUGAAACAGGUAGAGUGACCAAGACAAAGGAUGGACAUGAAGUCAGAACGUGUAAAGUGGCAGACAAGACUGGCAGCAUCAACAUCUCUGUGUGGGAUGAUGUGGGCAAGUUGAUACAGCCUGGAGACAUCAUCAGACUUACAAAAGGGUAUGCCUCUCUCUUCAAAGGCUGUCUCACUUUGUACACAGGUCGGGGAGGUGAUCUGCAGAAGAUUGGAGAAUUUUGCAUGGUUUAUUCUGAAGUGCCUAACUUUAGUGAACCAAACCCUGAAUAUGUCUCCCAGCAAUCCCAAAGCAAACAGGCAUCGGUUGAGAGCGGAUCAGGAGCAACGAAUCACAACUCCUCCAACACCACUCCUCCUCCAGCUUCAGAGCUACCAAACGGUAACGGAAACAACAACCAAGUUGGCGCUGUCCUCCAGCCUCCAGCAACUCCUCACCAGUCGAGUGGACGAAUUACACGCAGCCAGCCCAACCACUUGCUCCCUGGAGCUCCAAACUCAGUCAGUAAUGGCAAAGAGACACGGCGGACUGGGAAAAGAUAGCGGACCUAAUUCUUAGAAAUGGUGACCAAAAACUGUCUUCUAUUCUUCCCAUCUUACACUCUGCUCCUAGUGUAAAUCUGGAGAGAAGCCACAUUUGUGUUUUACUCAUCACUCGCCAGCAGAGGGCAGGAUCUGGAUGAUGUUUUAAUGGCGCCUCCUAGUGCGUUAUAUAACAUGUCUGUAAGAAAGUGUUCUUACAAUGUGAAAGAUAAGUAUCUCUAUAUAGUAUUAUAACCUGUGCAAGCAAAGCCCUAGGAAGUAGGGCUCGAGAUGUGCACACUUGGCCCAUGGUUUUAACAUCAGGUCAUUCAUUUUAUCAUGAGACACUGGGCUUGGAAUGGAAGUUGAUGACACAAGUGGAUGUAUUCAAGGCAUGUAUAAACCUCCUUUAUUCUGGCAUCUGCUAUUUUAUGGUAGCCUUUUUUUUGUUUUAUCCUAUGUAACCUUUUUUUCAUUGGGUUGCAAUUCUUCUUUUAUCUCUGUCUUUAUUCCUUUUAAUUCUCCUUGGGAGAUUUAUCAAAAGUGGUGUAAAGUAGAACUGACUUAGUUGCCCAUUGCAAUCAAUCAGAUUCCUCUCAUUUUCCAAAUGAACUCUGAAAAAUGAAAUGUGGACUUUGGUUGCUUUGGGCAACUAAGCCAGUUUUGAUAAUUGAUGAUAGUUUUACUAAUUUGACAGCAGUUGCUGGAUUAAAGGAACUUUACUGUAAUGGCAGUAUACGUCAGACAUGGAGACUAUGAAUUGUGUUUUGAACAGUAGUAUUUUUUUAAUCUGUCUUUUAAAUGUGAUUCACAUUUACCACAUGUUAUCAGGUUACUCCUACAAACGUUUGUCAUGAAAAUGUCCUUUGGUAUACGACUUCUCAAAGGAAAUAUGUACGGUAAUAUAGAAAACUUGUCCGUGUAAUUGCGCAAUAUGUGUGCUCCCCGCAUCACGGAUGCUGCGGUGCAGAACGGAGGCAAGGAACCCCACAGAAGCACUAUGGAGUGCUUUCGUGGUGUUUCUGGGCAUGCCUUGGCCCCGCAAAAAAAUAGAACAUGUUACAUUUUUUAUUUUUUUUUGCAGUGCGGACAGAUCACUGAUCCAUUCAGGUGGAAUAGGUCUCGAUCCGUCCCCGCCGCUACAUUGACGAUGCCCGUGCAUGAGUCCUUAAUUGUGUUUUAAUUUUGCUGUGAUCAUAAUGUCAAUUUUGACCCUGUAAAUAAACUCUUAUCCAGGAGGACAGAAAGCUGGCUAAUAUCACUUAUUGGAUGGCUGCCCAAUAAGUCAAUGUCUUUCCCACUGAAUAGGACUUGGAAGAAAAAAGACCCAUCCACAGACAGCUGUUGUGCCACGUUUCAGUGCAGAGUAGGGUACUGGUUUGGCAUGUCAGGGGGCACUUCCUUUCCUGCAUCUUUCGCUCACUGGGGUGUGUCCUUUCUCAGUUGGUGUCCAUUCUGCUACAGCUCAUUACCUGUAAGAGCUCAUGCACACCUUUUCAGACGCCGGUCUUAAUAAAGCCCCAUAGCUGGUGGAGGAUCCGCCAAA